GAAGAGGAAGAGGAAGAGGAAGAAGAGAGAGAGGGGGACCGAAAGCGCAGAACGAUCCGUAAGAAAAGCGGUGCUUGUCUGAUUCUUUCGACCGUGAACGAUGGCAAAGUCAAACGAAGAGGAUUACGAAUGCACGUUGAGCGAGGCAACGAGAACAACCGCUCGCACGGAACUCCGUGAAGACGAUGCCACCAGGGAAGAAGCCUUGAAGCAAUUCAGACAUUGGAUUCAAAAGCAUCCCAAGAUCAAGCGUUGCAGAACGGAUGCAGUCUUUCUCCUCAGGUUCCUCAGAACCAAGAAGUUCAGCGUGCCGAUGGCGGAAGAGAUGCUCGAACGGUAUCUGACCAUCAGACAGUUAUAUCCGAACUGGUUUCAAAAUCUCGAUAUCGAAGACAAAGACAUCGAAGCUAUUAUAGAUGCUGGUUAUCUGGUGCCGUUGUUGCAACGUGAUCGUCAUGGUCGGCGAGUGAUACUUUCUUGCGCCGGGCGCUUCGAUCCUUACAAAUACACGUCUGCUCAAAUGGCCCGAGCUCACAGUCUUGUAGUGGAGGCUCUGAUGGACGACGAGGAGAAUCAAAUCCAUGGAUACACGCACAUCAACGAUGAAUCUGGAUUAACAAUGGGCCAUCUUAGUGCCUGGUCCAUAACAGAUAUUCGUAAUAUGUUACGAUGUAUACAAAACAGUACCCCGAUGAGACACAAAGAAACGCAUUUUGUUAAUAUUCCAAGUUGCGCGAUCAAGGUCAUCGAGUUUGGCAUUUCUCUCCUCAACGAUAAAUUAAGAAACCGAAUCUUGCGAAUUUCAAGAAUACGUUGAGAGAACACAGGACUCGAAUAAAGGAACUCGACGACAUGUACAUAGAGAUUGCAGCGACGGACAGCCAAUACGUCUCGAACGACGAUUUAUGCGGUAUCUCUGGUUCUUUCCGCAAAUUGGAAGUCGACUGAUAUUCUUCCUUUUUACCGAAUGCGACUUUCCUUUGCAUCCACUCGCAUUCUUUCUCAUACAAAAGACACUCAGACUUAUUCGUUCUCUUAGAUAUAUAUAUAUAUACAUAUAUA